UGAGGGUUUAACCGUAAUACCCAAGCAGUACAAUUUAUUAGGCCAUCAAAGUCAUCAUGUGAGGUUGACGAUGAUUAGCAUUAUGUUAAUGACCAGCGGGCCGUUGGUAUAAAGACGUGGAGACAACAACUAUGGCGACAUUCCACGUCUUUGUUAUCAGAGAGUCACCGGCGUUCGCGAUGAAUUCCUCCCUGAUAUUCGUACUAGGCCUAAUGGUUGUAGGAGUCUCCUACGCCGCCUUCCCCGGACCAGGCUUUGUAAACCCAUGGGUCGACACCUCCAGGUGCCCUCCCGGAGACACGAUCCCCAUGUGCCAGUUGAAAAAGAGCAAGUGCACGGGCGUGAGGAAAGUCUUCCAAGGGGCGGUGAGUCCCGUCGGCGCCGUCGUCAAGUGUGCCAACGCAACAGGCGUCAUGCCGGGCCCCGAUUUCUUCCUGAGUAUCGGAUUGGCCUUCGCUAAGGGAAACUCUGAGAUGUUGGCUGACCAGGUUUCAACAGAUCCCUCUGUCACUAUGGCUAUUAGACAGUGCACCCUCAAUGCAACUGGCUUGUUAAGUCCUGACAACACCAUUGACAGGUUUGCCGUAGCAACUGCCCUCAACGCUUCCCUUUCAACACCCGCACUGAGUGCUGCAGCCAUGGAGGCUGCCUUUUCCUGCCCUGAACCUGAGGACUUCCAGCCAACAAAGUACAUCAACUGCAUCACAUCAGCAUGCAUCAGCAGCGUUACUGUAGGCCCAGCGAAGUUCUUCUGAGAUCACUCAGAACAUGUUCAUUCAACCCAAGAACCCAGAGAACGAGUGUGAACCCGAUCAAAACCAGAGGACGAUUGUGAACCUAACCAAGGCCAGAGGCAGUGGAUGGAAGAGGAAGAAACCAAGACCAGAGG